UCAGCUCACCAGCAAUCGAUCAAUUAACUAGUAUCAACUCAAAUCCCACACAUACUUUCAUACAAUUCUGAAGAUCACCAACAUGGGUUCUAUUCCUACCGAGCAAUGGGCGCAGGUUAUCGAGAAGACUGGCGGCCCCGUCGACUUCAAGAAGAUUCCAGUACAAAAGCCUGCUUCAGAUGAGGUUCUUGUCAACAUCAAGUACUCUGGUGUCUGCCACACUGAUCUCCACGCCGUAAACGGUGACUGGCCACUGGCCACCAAACUCCCCCUCGUUGGCGGCCACGAAGGCGCGGGCAUUGUCGUCGCCAAAGGCGAACUAGUCAACGACAUCGAAAUCGGCGACUACGCCGGCGUCAAAUGGCUCAACGGCUCCUGCCUGGCCUGCGACUUUUGCCAACAAGCUGACGAGCCACUGUGUCCCAAGCCCCUCCUCUCCGGCUAUACUGUCGACGGCACCUUCCAGCAAUACUGCAUCGCCAAAGCCGCGCACGUAGCCCGCAUCCCCAAGCACUGCGACCUCGCAGCCAUCGCGCCCAUCCUUUGCGCCGGUAUCACGGUGUACAAGGGCCUGAAGGAAUCCGGCGCGAAGCCCGGCCAAUUCGUUGCCAUCGUCGGUGCCGGAGGCGGUCUGGGCUCGUUGGCGUGCCAGUACGCAAAGGUCAUGGGCCUGCGGACAAUUGCCAUCGACACGGGCGCGGAGAAGCAGAAGAUGUGCACGGAGCAACUGGGCGCCGAGUCCUUUGUCGACUUUGCAACGAGCAAGAAUCUUGUCGCCGAUGUGCAGAAAGCUACGCCAGACGGUCUGGGCCCCCACGCUGUCAUCCUCGUCGCCGUCAACGAGAAGCCGUUCCAGCAGGCGGCUGAGUACAUCCGUCCCCGUGGUACCGUCAUUUGCAUCGGUCUGCCGGCGGGCGCGUACCUCAAGGCGCCCGUGUUCGAGUCGGUCAUCAAGAUGAUCCGCAUUCAGGGAUCGUAUGUUGGUAAUCGCAAGGACAGCUCCGAGGCGAUUGACUUCUUCGCGAGGGGUCUGAUCAAGGCGCCGUUCAAGGUUGUUGGCCUCUCGGAGCUGCAGAUGGUUUACGACAAGAUGCACAAGGGAGAGAUCGCUGGACGAUAUGUCUUGGACACGUCCAAGUAGAUGCUGCUUUCUUGGUGAUGGGAGGCGCGAAUAGUCAUGGCACAACUUACUGUAAAUACUGCGGAAAUGACAAAAACAAGAACUGAACUACUUCACC